UCUCGAGAAGUUUUAUUCUUUUUCCCCGCAUAUUCGGUGUAAAACCGAAAUCAUUUAUUUGACUAAUUUGUGGUACAGGUUUUGUUCGCUAUGCCUGAAUCGUCGAGUAGAGGAAAGAGUUUGAUGAUCGAGGAAGAUGAUCUCCCAUACGAGGAAGAGAUACUACGAAACCCUUAUUCMGUGAAAUGUUGGAUGCGAUAUGUUGAGCACAAGACUUCUAAGUCUGGAUCAAAGUCAUCCAUCAAUAUGAUAUAUGAACGAGCUCUUAAAGAACUUCCAGGAAGYUAUAAGCUGUGGUACAAUUACUUGAAACUAAGAAGAAAACAAGUCAAGGGAAGGCCAUUGACAGAUCCUCUWUAUGAAGAUGUCAAUAAUGCUUUUGAGAGAUCUCUGGUGUUUAUGCACAAGAUGCCAAGGAUCUGGCUUGACUACUGUCAGUUUCUUGUUGACCAAUGUAAGAUAACCAGAACAAGAAGGGUGUUUGAUAGGGCAUUACGAGCCUUGCCCAUUACACAACACUGCAGGGUGUGGCCGUUGUAUCUCAAAUUUGUGCGCAAAUAUCCUAUUCACGAGACGGCAGUACGGGUGUAUAGGAGAUAUCUUAAGCUUGAACCUGAGAAUACUGAAGAGUAUGUCAAAUACCUUGUAUCAAUUGGAUGGACAGACGAAGCUGCUACAAGACUAGCAACCAUAGUAAAUAAGGAAGAUUUUGUCUCAAAGGAAGGGAAAUCUAAUCACCAGUUAUGGCAUGACCUUUGUGAGAUGAUUUCAAARAAUCCUACUAAAAUCAAGAGUCUAAAAGUAGCAGACAUCAUUCGAGGUGGUCUUCACAAAUUCACUGAUAGUUUAGGACAGYUAUGGUGUCUACUGGCUGACUUUUAUAUCCGCAGUGGACAUUUUGAAAAAGCUAGAGAUGUAUAUGAAGAAGCUAUACAGACAGUCAUGACAGUCAGAGACUUUGGGCAGGUAUUUGAUGCAUAUGCACAGUUUGAGGAAAGCAUGAUAAGUGCYAAGAUGGAGACAACAGCAGAGAUGGGUGCAACUGAAGAAGAGGAUAUUGACUUGGAGUUGAGGCUGGCAAGAUUUGAAAACCUGAUGGACAGACGGCCUUUACUUCUAAGCAGUGUUCUUCUGCGACAAAAUCCUCAUAACRUCCAUGAAUGGCAUAAAAGAGUAAAGCUCUACGAAGGAAAACCCACUGAAAUUAUCAACACAUUUACAGAAGCUGUACAGACUGUUGAUCCUAAGUUAGCCACAGGAAAGCUWCAUACAUURUGGGUAGAGUUUGCUAAAUUCUAUGAAAAACACAAACAGAUUAAAGAAGCAAGAGUUAUAUUUGACAAGGCAACUAAAGUUAACUACAGACAUGUUGAUGAUUUGGCUAAUGUUUGGUGUGAAUAUGCAGAGAUGGAAAUCAGACAUGAGAACUAUCAACAAGCUUUGGAUCUAAUGAGGAAAUCUACUGCUGUACCUUCUACAAAAACAGACUACUUUGAUCAGGGUGAAACAGUUCAGAAGCGUGUCCACAAGUCUCUCAAGCUAUGGUCAAUGUACGCUGACUUAGAGGAGAGCCUGGGCACAUUUCAAUCAACUAAAGCUGUAUACAGUCGUAUUCUCGACCUUAGGAUUGCAAACCCACAGAUUAUCAUCAACUAUGCCUUGUUCUUGGAGGAACAUCGGUACUUUGAGGAAAGCUUUAAGGUUUUUGAGCGAGGAGUGGCCAUGUUCAGAUGGCCUAAUUUAUUUGAUAUCUGGAAUACAUAUCUCAGUAAAUUCAUCAAACGUUAUGGUGGUAGCAAACUAGAGCGAGCGAGAGAUCUCUUUGAACAAGUCUUGGAUGGAUGUCCAGCAAAAUUCUCRAAAACAUUUUAUUUGAUGUACGCCAAGCUGGAAGAAGAGCAUGGUUUAGCGCGUCACGCUAUGUCCAUCUAUGAUCGAGCUACUAAAGGAGUUGUACCAGAGGAACAAUUUGAGAUGUUUAAUUUGUAUAUCAAAAGAGCUGCUGAAAUAUUUGGAGUUACACACACRAGAGAAAUCUUUGAACAAGCAAUUGAAGUCUUACACGACGACCAAGCGAGACAAAUGUGUAUUCGGUUUGCGGAGCUCGAGAGGAAGUUGGGUGAAAUCGAUCGUGCACGUGCUAUUUAUAUGCACGCUUCACAGAUGUCAGAUCCAAGGCGAACAAGCGAAUUCUGGAAGACUUGGAACGAUUUCGAGGUUCGCCAUGGCAACGAAGAUACAUUCCGAGAAAUGUUACGAAUAAAGAGAAGUGUACAGGCGCAGUUUAACACACAGGUGAACUUCAUGUCUGCUCAAAUGUUGGCUGCUGCAACGGGAAAAACUACAGGAGAUGAAAUCGAAUCAACAGAUGAAAUGAAAAAACUUGAGCAACAGAUUUURGCAGCCACUGAACAGGCAAAGAAAGAAGCAGCGAAACCUAAAGAAAAAGUCUUGUUUGUCAGGGGAGAGACCACUGGAGACACWGCUGAAGCGACAACGAUAAAUCCUGAGGAGAUCGACAUUGAUGACGAUGACGACGAUGAUGACGACGAUAACRGGCCUACUCGAGAAAUGCGUAUUGAGAAGCAAGUCGUACCAAACGAGGUUUUUGGUGGACUGGUGGAAGACGACUAGAUUGAACACCAAUAUUUGUACGACUUUUUAUAUGGUCAUUCUAAUAAAUGUAAUAAACUACAA